CUGUAUACUAAAUCAUAUGUAAUUGUAUUGUAAUAAUAGUGUUAUUGACUGUAGUGUUGUGUGGCGUACGUGAGUCUAAAGUAGUCUAUAAUAUCAUAUGUAUUGAUAUGAAUGAGUGUUAAAUCAAUGUUAUUGUAUUGAAAACAGUUGAGACAUAUAGUGUGCAAAAUGGCUGUCUAUUACUCUAUUACUCUAUUACUUGAAUUGUGUUUAAUUGCAAUCAAUUUACAUAUGAUUUAAACCAUUCAACUAUAACUACAAUCACUUAAACUAAUCAAUCAAUUAAUUAAUGAAUUAUCAAACUAUUGUUAUAUCAGUUAUUGAUUGAAUAGUAUAUCAAUUGAAUGAUUGAGUGAUUAAAUAAUUGUCUUGUUUUGCCACUCAAAGACAUUUAUCACUUAAUUUUCUUUACUAUUAUCUUAAAUGUUGUCAAUUAUUAUGAAUUUCUUGACAUGUCUUGCAAUUAAAGAGACCUUUUGGUAGCAUUUUAAUUGACUUUUGAAUCAUUUUUCAACCAUAAGUUGUGACAUAUUUUGUUGAAAUACUUGACUUAUAAUAACAAUGGGUUUAACCGAUAACUCGACGGCAAUACCAAGGAUUAUGGUGUUUAGGCCAACCAUUGAAGAAAUGAAGGACUUCUCGAAGUACUUGGAGUAUAUGGAGAGUCAGGGCGCACACAAAGCUGGUCUCGCAAAGAUCAUACCUCCAGCCGAAUGGAAACCACGAAAGAAAGGUUACGAAAACAUUGAUCUCAUGAUAAAAGCUCCGAUUCAACAGGUGGUGACCGGAGGACAGGGACUCUAUCAACAAUACAAUAUUCAGAAGAAAGCUAUGUCUGUAAAAGAGUUCAAAAAAUUGGCCAAUAGUUCCAAAUAUCAGACGCCUUCUUAUUUUGAUUACGAAGAUUUGGAGCGCAAGUAUUGGAAGAACGUUACAUUCAAUCCGGCCAUAUAUGGAGCCGAUGUUUCGGGAACACUAACCGACGAGGAUUGCAAAGAGUUUAACAUUAAUAACUUGAAUACAUGUCUUGAUAUGAUUAACGAGAGUUAUGGCAUUAAGAUAAUGGGCGUCAAUACGGCAUAUCUUUAUUUCGGAAUGUGGAAGUCGGCCUUUGCCUGGCAUACGGAGGAUAUGGAUCUCUAUUCUAUUAAUUUCUUGCAUUUUGGUGCUCCCAAGUCAUGGUAUUCAAUACCUCCAGAACACGGCAAAAGAGUGGAACGACUGGCCAAUGGUUUUUUCCCCAAUAGUUACAAACAAUGUCCAGCUUUUUUGCGCCACAAAAUGACUUUGAUAUCACCACAAGUAUUGAAGAAGUACUCGAUUCCAUUCAAUAAAAUUACUCAAGAAGAGGGAGAGAUUAUGAUAACAUUUCCCUAUUCAUAUCACGCCGGAUAUAACCAUGGAUUCAAUUGUGCAGAAUCUACCAAUUUUGCACUUCCGCGUUGGGUUGAGUUUGGUAAACGGGCUCUUAGAUGUGUUUGUCGAUCAGAUUCAGUUCAAAUAAGUAUGGAAGCAUUUGUCAAGAAGUAUCAACCCGAUAGGUAUGAGCUAUGGCUUCAAGGAAAGGAUAUUGGACCCGAUCCUAAAGAUUUGACUCAUAUAUGUGCAGCACCGGCACCUUCCAAAUAUGAAAAAGACAUUAUGUCUAAAUUUAAUAAACACAAAAGACAUCCGACUCAUAAAAAGGAUUAUUCUUCAGAUACGGAAGAGGACAGUGAUUGUUGUGAUGAGUUAUUACAAGACUGUGCACUUCCUACAAAAGCCGCCCGAAAAAUGUUUGAAAACGGCACCGAAAGUGAUGUCAUGAACUUAGAAAUAGCAGCACCUAAUAUACCAUCAAUCAGUUCCGAUACAAUCUCAUCAAUGCCUAAACCUCCGACUAUUUCAGAGACAAUUCAUAGAUUACACCAGAAUCUAAAUUCUUCUAAAGAGAAAAAAGAUAAGAAACGCAAAAAGACUUCACACGAAUCAACAGUUCCGCCACAUUUGUUGACGCAUUCAUAUGCAAAAUCUUGUGUCUCGUCGUGUACUCAACCAAAAACACAACCCAACAGUGAAUUUAAUCAAUAUUUACAAAAUGAUUCAAAUGUUUCACAAAUUACUAAAUCAUUUACAAAUAUAAAAUCUGAAAGCAGUAAUACUUCUUCAAACUUUCAUUCAUAUACCAGUAGUUAUAAUACAGUUUUGUCACCAUUAAUAAGCCCACAAAUUAAUGGAGUUAUUGAAGAUAAAAUGCAAACAAAUACAAAGGGAAGCGAAUUAAUGAUCAACUUAUCCAAUCAACAGAUGAUAUAUCAACCGCCACCACAAAUAAAGCCCUAUUAUGAAGAAUGUUUAGCCGAUGAUCACAAACCUUCAGCACAGCCACCAAUACUUAAAGCACCCGAUUUGUAUGAUAAUAACAAUAAAACAUAUUUAUUGAAUAAUGAUUUGAAUGGCUUGAAAUUGCCAAACGGGUCAGUCAUAUGUAACGGUGCGCUCAAUAAUAUGGUUGAGGCCAGCACUUCAACUGAUGAUCUCGAGAUUGCUUUUGAUGCUAACUCUUCAUUGCAAACAAGUUCAACAAAUAAUAAAAAUACCGUAUUAGACAACUUAAUACAGAAUAACUAUCAAUAUAUUCCAUUAAUUGCUGGUACAAUACCCCAGGGCUUUAUCGAUGAAAUUAAGUUCAAUGUCUGUAUGUCAACAUUAAGUCCCUACUGUGCCAUUUGUACACUACUAAAGCCGUAUGAAAAUGAUUCAAAAUAUAACCUCUCGGAGCUGGAGUGUUGGUAUCCACCAAAAACAAGUCAAAUAUUAAUACCAAGUAUUGCUUUCACAUCAAAAGUUAAAGAUGAGACCACUUUUUUGGAAACCAGGGAAACUUCGCCACUAAUCGUUUGUAUGGAUUGCAGAGUGUGUGUACACUCGGUAUGUUAUGGUGUUUCCGAUCUGUUGUUUGAUGGAAGUGAACGCAACUGGAAGUGCGAUAGAUGUAUGCAAAAACAGUAUUUUGCUUUUUGCUCUUUAUGUCCAUUAAGAGGUGGUCCACUAAAAGAAACUAUUGAAGUAUCGUCUGAAAAGAAAUGGGUGCACAUCUCAUGUGCAUUACUUGUACCGGAUGUCAAGUUUAUAAACGGAAUCGCGAAGAAACCAAUCGAUUUAUCAGAUAUUAAAAUAACAAGAAGAACAGAUAAAAUGGGUUGUGUUUAUUGUCGUAAAGUAAAUCCCGAUAAUAAAAUGGUUGAAUAUUUUAAUGGUUAUUGUGUUCAAUGCGUAAAGUGUUUUACCUCAUUUCACGUGACAUGUGGUCAUCGACAUAGAGUAACCUAUGAAGCGGGUGAUUGGCCGACACCUAUUGUCAUCAAAUGCAGAAAGUGUUCCGAUUCGACAAAUAAUAAAAAAAGAAAAUCUUUAGAUCGACUAUUAAGUGAUGUAAAUAUUAAUGAAAUAGUGAUUGCAAAACACAAGAAUCAUCGGUUUUAUAGAGGAAAAGUAUUGGACAAAGUGGAACAGGUGUUGCACCAUGUUCAUUUUGUUGAUAACUCAUUCACCAAUUAUGUUAAACCAUCAGAUAUUUUGAACAGGGACUGUGAGAGGGAUCCUCCAGAUAUAGGCGAUCCAAUUGAAGUGAUUUGGAAUAGAGAACAACUUCACGGCAAAUAUACUGGAAAUCAUAGUUGUCUUAUGUAUGUCAUUGCUUUUGAUGACGAAUCACGUAUUAAAACUAAAAGAGAAGACUUUUAUUUAUUGACUGAAGAUCUACCGAAACGGGUUAAAGACAAAUUGUCUGAAGCAACGCAAGCAACUCAUAGACAAUAUAUUCAAAGUGAAGAAAGCAAUUCACUUGAUUAG